CAUUGCUUCGAUCGUGACGUGGUUGGUGUGGCUAGAAAGAGACGAACUGGUCAUAAUACUGAUAACUUCCUACAGAUCGUUCAUUAAGUUAUUAUGGAAUAAUUCAGUUGGUAUUUUAUUCUCAACAGUUAACAAACCAUUUAGUGCAGUCUUCUCUGGCAUUGAGACCUCUAGGCUGCUGCGCUGGGACACGCCAGUCAUAGCCCUGGGACUGUCUGCGUCAUCAUGAAGCUGUACAGCCUAAGCGUUCUCCACAAAGGAGCGACUAAAUCCAAUCUCCUCAAAUCCGCAUAUGACCUCUCCUCCUUCAGUUUCUUCCAGCGCUCCAGUGUCCAAGAGUUCAUGACCUUCACCAGCGCCUUGAUUGUGGAGCGUUCUGCACACGGCAGCCGAGCCUCAGUCAAAGAACAAGAGUACCUGUGCCAUGUGUAUGUGAGGAAUGACAGUCUGAGUGCGGUGGUGAUAGCAGACAGCGAGUACCCCCAAAGAGUCGCCUUCACACUACUAGACAAAGUGUUAGAGGAGUUCUCCAGGCAAGUGGAAAGUAUAGACUGGCCAUCUGGAAACCCAGACACUAUCAACUACAAAGCCCUGGACAUCCACCUGGCCAAAUACCAGAACCCCAGAGAGGCAGAUGCGAUGACCAAAGUGCAGGCUGAGCUAGACGAGACAAAAAUCAUUUUGCACAACACCAUGGAGUCUCUGUUGGAGAGAGGGGAGAAGCUGGAUGACCUGGUGCAGAAGUCUGAACACCUGGGGAACCAGUCUAAAGCCUUUUAUAAGACUGCACGGAAGCAGAACUCAUGCUGUGAGGUCAUGUGAUGUUGCGGAUUGUCCUCUUGGAUAUAUCUCUCUUGGCCUUUCUGCUCAUUCUACAACUUCCAUCGUGCCCCAGCACUCCAGGAGACCGAAUGGCCUCCACUCAGUCUCUGGGAGGGCGCAGGGGGGGAGGAGGUGGGAUCUCUGGAAUCUCUUUACAUGCUUACUGGGGAAGAGGAGAGGAGGUGGGGCUGCAGGACUUGUGGGGUUUCAUCAGGAAGAUAUCAUACGUAUUGGCUUCAUUGUAACGGUUCAAAGGGUGUUUUGAGGAGGUUCAUAGCCAGCCAGGAUGUGUUUGUUUUUCAAAAUGUCUUAAACCGUUUCCUGAAUUCAGACUGUAUCAGAGUCUUAAUCUGAGUUUGAACUCAGCUUUCUGGGAGUUUAUCUUUGUCAGGGUUUCGCCAAGCAUAAUCUCCCUCUGUACUCAAUGCAGUAACUCACAGGAUCUGCUGGUGAUCUCAUUAAGGUCUGGUAGUGACAUUUUAUUUCCUCUGCCCCGUGGAUGACACGGUUUCCUCACAUUCGUGGUUCAGGGCCUGAGACAACAGAACUUCAUGAUGAAAUCCUCUGAGUUUGUUUUCAAAGCUAAUUUCUACAGGACAUUAAUUGGAUUAGUGUUUUGAUUAUGUAACCUAAUCAAAACAACAAUAUGUAACCCAUUGAUGUUUUGUUCUCUAUGAAGACGUGAAAUCUUUGAAACAUUCCCAGGUUUUUCAAAUUCAUAAAAGUUGAUUGGUAUUGCAGCACAAGCGGGUGAACUUAUGUUGAACUAAAAUGGGGAGCUUAUGUUGAACUAAAAUGGGGUGGCCUGUACUUAUAGAGCAUUGUGUAGAUGUCUACAGAUUCUCAUUGAUAGACAAAGCCUUAUUAAAAUAUGGGGUUAGAUUGAAGUCCCCCUACGCAUGAGUAUGUGUUUGGAAAGUGUCCUAUUGGAGGGGAACUCUGACUUUGUAAUCCUUCUAAAGCUGUUGUGUUUCUCGUCUGGACAAAGGCUUAAGACAUGGCACACAAUGAAUCAGCCACAACCCACCCACCAAUGGGUUUUGCUCCACCAUUAGGUGUUCUACUGCAGCCUUAUGUCUGCAGCUCUGCCCCCUGUUGGCAGUGUGAACAUACAUCUGGAUUGGAUUUCAACUCUAACUUCAUUUUGGAACAAGGAAAUUACUACCUGAGGUUAUUAUUUCAUGGUGAGCAAUGCUUGUAAUGUUGCAGGUAGAAAUGUAAUGUAUAGAACAGACAAGAUUCCCUUUUCAGCAUAACACUGAAUCAUGUGUGUUUUACAAAUAUUUCUUUCAAUGUAUUCUGUUUCAUUUAACAGCCUCAGCUUUGCGUGCACAACACAACACACUCACAGAUCACUCAUUUGUUGUGAUCAGUAUUAAACAUACCCAUUUGAUUUUCUUUUGUUUAGCAGAAAUGGCUUCAGGUUGUAAUUGUGUUUCCAGACCCCAGCGGAUAUGUGAGAUAAAGAGAGGCCUUUGAUAUUUUAGCUGUAGUAUAUCUUGCUGCUUUAUUUUGUGUGUAUGACCUAGUUGUGUGUAUGUGUAAUUGUUUGUGACUGUGUGCAAAGGCAUAAUUAGUCAGACUAACUGCUCUUCUUGCUUUAUGUCACAACUUCUGUGCAAUCGCAGGUUGACUAUAUAUUCUCUCCAGAUAAUGUUGUAUUUUGAAACCUGUUUCUCAUUUGAGUAGGGAAACAGUUCAUUUGACCCCAGUGUUUCCAAUGAAAGAUACUUCUACGACCCUUGUACAUGCUUAUGAUGUCAAACUCUCUAAUCUCCAAAUUAUCAUGUGCUAAUCUGAAAUCUAAAAUGUCCGAUUUGCUAACUAGUUGAACAUGGCACGUGUAUAAGUUAGCAAGUUGGAAACUUCAGAGUUUCAAUUUGCACCUAAAGGAUGCAUAAACUAUGGGUGGAAAAAAACACAUUUGCCAUAGAGUACCGCAGUAUGAGUCAUAAUACCCAUAAAACCUAGUGGUCAAAUAAGGCAAUGGUUCCAAUUGUUUUUCCACCAAUCAUUUUUCCCCAUUGGGGAUUUUAGAAACGCAGCAUUAGGCUGUGUUUAGUGUAGGCUUAUCCUGGCAUAGCAUCUUGAGAACCGUGUAAAUCUCUUGAGCAAGGUGACAUACAAUCGCCUGUAUUUACCCCUUCAUAAUUAAAUGCUAAUUAGCUGCUAAUGUGGCUAUCAUAAAGAACUACAAAUGUCAGGCAAUUCUUCUACAAGUCUCCUACUCGCUGCAUAGAUUGAAAUGUUAAUAGAUUAAUCAUAGGCAGUUUGUAGACCAGUCGUAGACUAUUUUGUUCACUCGUGCUGCAGAAGACACCACAGAUGUUUUGGAACAUCGGUCUUGGCUGGCCCAGUUCUUAUCUUGGCGAAACAGUCGCGCCCUGCAGCACAGUCCUACUUUAAUUUCCUCAAAUGUUUUUGUUAAACCUGCUUUUUGGUGUUAACCAACGAUUUAUAUAGGCUACAUUAGAUGACUGAUGGAGCACAGUUUUGACACCACCGUGCCUCCAUCUUGGCACUCCCCCACUAUUGUAAAAAAUUGUUUUUAAGCUAUAGAAUGUCUACAUUUGUUUUUGCCACCUUUAUUCUAUUACAGUCCCCUUAAAUGCAGGGAUGGGCAACUCCAGUCUGCAGGGGCCGAGUGAUGUCACACUUUUCCCCCAGCCUUACAAAACACAGCUGAUUUAGCUAGUUGCGUUUUAAACUGAAGAUCAUGAUUAGUUCAUUAUUUGAGUCAGGAGUGUUAAGUAUGACACCAAUAAGGCCCCUGAGGACUGGAGUUGCCCAUCCCUGCCUUAAUGCAUACUUUAAAAUUAUACUGAACAAAAAAUAAAAACCGCAACAUGUAAAGUGUUGGUCCCAUGUUUCAUCAGCUGAAAUAAAAGAUCUCACACAGUU